AUUCCUGAUUAAUUAUUAAAAUUCCCAAUAUAUCAUUUGAGCUAACGUUAACGUACUACCCAGUGCGGCUACAACUACUAAUGACUAAACAAAAAAAGACGUUUCAGUUUGUUUGUUUUUUUUGGUAAUGGUAGUGCACUGCCUUCCAACACAGUGUUUAAACGUGUGUAACAGGGAGGUGGGUGGAGGAUAAAGCUCACUGCCAUUUCUCUGAAAGUUCAGAAUUCCCUGCAGCCCUGCAACUGUACUCAUUUAAUCUUCAGAUGCUGUUCUGAGUUUCAUUGUCAGAUAUGAAACUCCGCUCCUGGCCGGGCCCUUUCGGUUUGGCCCUUCUGGCAUUCCUGUGUAAUUGUGCCACAGCUGUAGAGAGACACUAUUACAUAGCAGCUGUUAAUAUUAACUGGGACUACACAUCUGCUGGACAGCAAAGGACUGGACCCUCAUAUAAAAAAGUAGUAUACAGGGAGUACAAUGAGGGAUUCACACAGGCUAAAUCACAUCCCUUGUCCUCCGGGUUACUUGGGCCAACAUUGCGAGGACAAGAGGGCGACACAAUCAUUGUCAAGUUCAAGAACAUGGCAGAUCAUCCCUGUAGCAUUCACCCACAUGGUAUUGCUUACGGGAAGCAGUCAGAGGGAUCAUUAUACUUUGACAACACGUCACUCUUUGAGAAAGAAGAUGAUGUCAUUUUACCCGGUCAAGAGCACACAUACCAGUGGAAGGUGACGUCUGAGGUGACCCCUACAGCUGCGGACCCCCCAUGCAUCACUUACACAUACCUUUCCCACUUUGACAUCGUUAAGGACUACAAUACAGGGUUAAUAGGCACAAUGCUGAUCUGCAAGAAAGGCACCCUAGACAGCUCUGGAAAUCAGAUUAAUUUCCAUCAGGAGGCUGUGCUGUUGUUUGGAGUGUUUAAUGAGAACAAGAGCUGGUACAGCACUGGGGGCCCUGAAGAGGCACACAAUGUGAAAUACACUAUAAAUGGCUACACAAAUGGCUCUGUACCAGAUCUGGACAUCUGUGUCCAUUCCAAAGUCAGCUGGCACCUGCUGGGAAUGAGUUCUGAGACAGAUCUCUUCUCUGUACACUUCAAUGGGCAAGUUCUUCUGCAUGAUGGGCACAAAACCUCAUCUGUUGGCAUCAUUAGUGGAUCUGCCACUAGUGCCAGUAUGACUGGUGUCCACCCAGGCCGAUGGCUCAUUUCCUCUCACAUUAGCAGGCACUUGGAAGCUGGUUUGCAUGGAUAUCUAAAUAUCAAAAUGUGUGAUGAGUACACAGCACCAAAAAGAUGGCUUACCAUCCAACAGAAACAAAAAAGCCAAGAGUGUACUUACUAUAUAGCAGCAGAAGAGAUAAUCUGGGAUUAUGCUCCAAAUAUGCCUGAAAAUAUGGAUGGGGAUUUCAGAUCAAAAUAUUUAAAGCAGGGGCCUCGGCGAAUAGGCAAAAAAUACAAAAAAGCAGUAUUUACUCAGUAUAAAGAUGGCACAUUUAAAGAGAGAGCGGAAGACAAGGAGAUAAAGAAAGAGCUUGGGAUUCUCGGGCCAGUGAUAACCGCUCAAAUUGGAAAUGUCAUAAAGAUUGUCUUUAAAAACAAAGCAUCACGUCCGUAUAGUAUUUAUCCUCAUGGAUUGACCAUUGAUAAAGCAGCAGAAGGAGCCAGUUAUCCUGCGGGAGGGAACCAGACACACGGCAUUCAACCAGGAGAGAUUUACACAUAUACAUGGAGUGUGUCUGAGGAAGACAUACCAACAGACAGUGACCCCAGAUGUCUGACCAGGAUGUACCACAGUGCAGUGGACACUCCUCGAGACAUUGCUUCUGGUCUUGUGGGUCCUCUUCUUAUCUGUAAAAGCCAGUCCCUGAACAAAACCAAUGUCCAGCUGAGAGUAGACAAAGAACAGCAUGUCAUGUUUACCGUUUUUGAUGAGAACAAGAGCUGGUACCAUGAUGAGAACAUUAACACAUACUGCAGUGACCCCAAAAGAGUUCAAAGAGACGAUCCAGAGUUUUACAAAUCAAACGUUAUGCACACAAUCAAUGGAUAUGUGUAUGAAAGUGGCCAAGAAUUGGGAUUUUGUAAUGGUGAAACUGUAGCCUGGUAUGUAUCAAGUGUUGGCGAACAAGAUUACAUCCAGACUGCCACUUUUUAUGGCCAUACAUUUGAGUUAAAAAACAGAGAAGAGGAUAUACUCAGUCUAUUUCCCAUGACUGGUGAAACUAUCACUAUGAACAUGCUUAAUAUAGGUAUUUGGCUUUUAGCAUCUCUCAACUCUCACGGUUCCACUAAAGGGAUGAGAGUCAAAUUCAAGGACCUUGAAUGCUUCAGAGAUUACGUAAAGGAAUAUGAUUAUGAACCAGAAAAAAAUAUAUUCGAUGGACCUGUGUCCAUCAGUGAAAUUAAAAAAGACGACCCAAAACCAACCAACCCUACAUUUGGAUCUUCAAAUAAAGUCCUGAAUGAAAGCACAGAAGAGGCAUUGCUAGACAUGACAAGCAUUUUUGAUUCCAAACCACAGGUCAUGUCAACUACUACUAAUGCUCCAAUAACUGAAACAUACAUCACCCACACAAUGAAUAAAACACACAUUUUCCCCACAAAUAUCAGUAUCACUUCAUCUGAUGCUCCAGUUGGUGAAAGAAACAUAAUGACAACAUUAUAUGUUCCAAAACAAGAGCAGGGUAAAGAUUUUGAUGAAGCAGAAGAACAUGAAUAUGUAGAGCACAAACACCCUUAUAGCAAACAAGCAAACACUCAAAGCCCAGUGCUUGAUAUAUCAUCCCAGCAUUUCUUGAAAACUGCUGGAGAAAAGGAUAGCAGAACUUAUUUCAUCUCAGUUGAAGAGGAAGAAUGGGAUUAUGCUGGUUAUGGGCAGAGGAGGCUUGAUAGAUCAUCUCAAAACGAGAGGCCUACAGCUUUCAAAAAAGCAGUGUUCAGAAAGUACCUGGAUAGCACCUUUACUGUCCGAGACAUCAGAGGCGAAAUGGAAGAACACCUGGGAAUUCUGGGUCCGGUCAUUAAAGCUGAAGUUGAUCAGACUGUUAUGGUAUUUUUCAGGAACCAUGCCAGCCUCCCGUACUCUUUGCAUGCAAAUGGAGUAAAGUAUUUAAAGCAAAUGGAAGGCCUGAGUUAUGAUGAUCAGUCACCGUACUGGUACAAACAGGACGAUGCAGUACUACCCAACAGCACCUUUAUUUACACGUGGACUAUAAAUUCGAAAUCUGGACCUCAAAAUAAUGAAUCUGACUGUCGAACAUGGACCUACUACUCUGCAGUGAAUCCUGAGAGAGAUAUAAACUCUGGGCUGAUUGGACCACUUCUGGUGUGCAGGAAGGGUACACUGGAUAAAAAGCCUCUGGACAGAAGAGAGUUCAUCCUGCUUUUUAUGACGUUUGAUGAGAAUAAGAGCUGGUAUUAUGAGGAGAAUCGGGAGAGGAUUGAAAGGAAAAACAAAAGAGCAGUCAUGAAUCCAAAUUUUCUAAAUAAUUUAAAGUUUGACGCUAUCAAUGGUAUUAUCUACAGUCUCAAAGGACUACGAAUGUACACAAAUCAGCUAGCGAAGUGGCAUCUGAUCAACAUGGGCUCUCCUAAAGACCUCCACAGUGUCCAUUUCCAUGGUCAAACAUUCAUAAAUAAGGUGUUAAAGGACCACCGUCAGGGUAUUCACCCACUUUUACCAGGUGGAUUUGCCACACUGGAAAUGUUGCCUUCAAAGCCUGGUCUCUGGCAGCUGGAGUCUGAGGUUGGACUCUCACAGCAGAGGGGAAUGCAGACGUUAUUCCUUGUGUUAAAUAACGUAUGUGAUCAUCCUCUUGGUCUCAUCUCUGGAACUGUGAAAGAUGAACGCAUUACAGCAUCUGACUCUAGAGGACAAUGGUAUCCUCAUUUGGCCAGACUACAUAAUACAGGGAAAUACAAUGCAUGGAGUACAGAAAAGACAGGACAGCACAUUCAGGUGGACUUCCAGAGGCCGGUAGCGAUUAGUAAAGUUGCCACACAGGGAGCUAAGCAAUUCUUAAAACAUAAUUUUGUGCUGAACUACACCAUUUCCUACAGCAUUGACAAAAAGAAGUGGACCUUCUACAAGGGAGACAGUGCUACUGUCAAAAAGACUUUUGAAGGAAACAGCGACGCUUUUGGCACAAAGGAGAAUAUAUUUUUUCCACCUUUUAUUGGUCGAUAUGUGAGGCUGCAUCCUUUACAGUCUUACAACGACCCAGCUGUCCGUUUGGAGUACUAUGGUUGUGAGCUUGACGGUUGCUCUUUGCCAUUGGGAAUGGAAAGUGGCCUCAUUAAAGAUACUCAAAUCACUGCCAGUUCUGUGGCCUCCAGUUUGUACCAGUGGCAUCCUUGGUAUGCACGCUUAAACAAAAAUGGGACCGUCAAUGCAUGGCAAGCCAAGAACAAUGAUACUCAGCCAUGGAUCCAGGUGGAUCUCAAGGAUAAAAAGAAGAUAACUGGGAUUAUAACACAGGGGGGCAAAUCAUUAGGCAAUGAGAUGUUUGUGUCAGCAUAUACUCUGGAGUACAGUGAAGAUGGCAAGAGAUGGACAAAUUACACAAAUGAUGAUGAUUAUGAUCAAAAGACUUUUCAAGGCAACACAGAUAGCAAUGGCCAAGUAAAGAACUACAUCUACCAGCCAAUAUUUUCCAGAUUCAUCCGAAUUAUUCCAAAACAAUGGCAGAAGUCCAUCACUAUGAGAAUUGAGCUGCUUGGUUGUGAUUUGGAAUAAACACUGUGCUUUCACUGA